AUGGCUCUCACAAGCCUAGUCACCACCGCUCUUCUGUGGCCCUUUGGCUUCUCGUCCGCGGCCAUCCAAGCGCCAAAUCCCCCCAUCCUCAGGGAACUAGGCUCUCUCCCGGCGCCAGGUUUCUUCGAGAACAUGGCCAUCCGCCCCUCCACGUCCUCGGUCCUCGCCACGCGACUCACCGGCGGCCCAGAAGCGUACAUUGUCAAGAACCCGGGGUCCUCCGCGCCUGACUUGGACGUCCUCCUCGGCAUUGACCAGAUCAUCCCCGACGAAGCGGCCAGCGCGGGCGGGGAGCGUGUCUACGUUAUCGCGCAUCUCGGCUCCCUCUUGGCGGACACUGGCCUCCUGAACGACCUUGGCGCCGUGCCCAGUGGCGUCCUGACCGCCGACUCGGUCCGCAGCCGCGUCUCCUUCUACAACUUGACGGACAACAGCUUCACCGCAUCGCCCUGA